AUGGGCAACUCCUCCAGAAAGGAGGAGGACGAGGAAGAGGAGGAGAAGGAUGGGGAGAAGGAGAAAGUAAUGGCGGAGGAGAAGAGGAGGAGGAGGAAGAAGAAGAAAGAGGAGGAGAUGGAGGACGAUGAGCUGCCCUUAGGGGUGGAGGAGAUGCUGGCGAGCGGAGAUCCCGUCUUGGACCUGAGCUAUAAGAAGUUCCGGAGGUUACCCGGUGUGGUCUGUGGGCUACGCCACCUGGAGAAGCUGUACGUGUGUGGGAACAGCCUACGGACCCUCCCGGAGAACAUCGUCCAACUGAAGGGCCUCCGCAUCCUGGCUCUGGACUUCAACAAGAUGGAGGACGUCCCGUUGGCUAUCUGUCAGCUCCGCAACCUGACGCGUCUCUACCUGGGCUCCAACCGCCUGAUAUCCCUCCCUCCGGAGCUACGCAACCUUCAGAGCCUCCGCUGCCUCUGGAUGGAGAGCAACUACUUCACGUGCUUCCCCCGCCAGCUCUACGACUUACCCCACCUCAGGUCCCUCCAGAUGGGGGACAAUAGGCUACGGACCCUGCCUCCGGACCUGUGGCGCAUGGAGGCCCUGCGGGGACUGUGGCUCUACGGAAACCGCUUCACCGAGUUCCCCCGGGUCUUACUCCGCAUGGUGGAUCUGGAGAUCUUAGACCUGGACAAGAACAAGAUCGAGGUGUUCCCUAACCUGAGCCGGCUCCCCGCCCUCCGCCUCUUCUCCUACGACCACAACCCCGUGGAGGGGCCUCCCGGCGUGGGAGAGGAGGUGUUGCUGGUUGGGGAGGGGGCCCAGGAAGAGCUCCAGGAUCGGGCGGACAGGAAGGCUAAGAAGGAGCAGGAGGCGAGGGACGCGGAGGAGGCGGUGCUGGCCGGAGACGGGCCUGUGAUCCAGGGCAUUCUAAAGACGGCCAAACAGAACAGUGCGUCGCACGCCGGGCACAAGUACAAUGAGGUGGUAACCGUGGCGAUGCCCCUAACCGAGGAGGAGAGGAGGAAGAAGGAGAUGGAGGCGGAGUUAGAGAGGGCGUUGAACGAUUACGGGGCGGGGCUUGAGUAUGACCUAGAGGGGAUAGAAUAUGAGAAGGAGGAGCUUAUAUGCGAGGGGGAAGGGUUUGAGGGGUAUGAUGGUGGGGAUUUGGAGUACGAACGAGGAGAUAUGGACUAUGAGUAUGAGGAGGGGGAGGAGCUAGAGGAACCAGGAAGACAAGGGGGCCGGCAUUGA